UGGGCGCUGCCGGAAAUGUGCCUUCUCUGAUUGAUUUUAAGGUGGUUUUUGGGUCCUUUUUGGUUCCAUCCAGUGAGAAACUUGCGCCGUUUUCUUGAGAGAGUUGGGUCUUGUUGGGGGAGUGGUUUUGUGUUUUCCUGAAGAAACUUGAGUUCUUUUUGUUCUUGGAGCUGGGAGGUCUAGGUCUCAAGGGCACAGCGCGUUUUCAUUGUGUUUUAUCCCCUAACUUUAGUUUCAUCCUUCUUUUAUGUGAGAAUUCUCGCUGUAGUUUUAGUCUUACUUGAGCCUAUUCUUUUUGUUAAUUCAUUUUACCUUCUUUUUGUCUCUUUUUUGAGGUAGUGAGGUGUGAAAGAAACUGAUGUUGGGUUCUUUGUUUCUUGAAAUCUUUGGAUCGAUUUGUUCUCUGAAGGAAUCCGAGUGAAAGUUACUCUCUUCAGUCCAUCUUUUCCUUGAAUUUGCUCAAAGGGGGGCCUUGUUAUGUUAUUUUCUAAAUUAAAGAUACCUUAAUUUAAUUUUGUUUUCCUUAUUAUUAUAUUUGGUAUUGGUAACUCUUUUUGAUUGAGAGAGUGGUUAGCUGUUCUUGGAAGGAAAAUCCUGCACCCUCCAGCAGUUUUCUCCUACUGGAUCUGUGUUUGGAGCAAACUUGAAGUGGCUGAUGUCGCAGCAGCAUGGAGUUCCAGCGUUCGGGAACUGGUCGAUGGCCGGCGACACCCCCUACACGCAGAAGUUCGAGAACCUGCGGAGGAGCAAGAAGACCGGCGUCUACUCCAACCCGAACGAGACGACGAUGGCGCCGAUCCCUGAGCCUCCUCCUCCUCCUCCUCUCCGGUCGCCGCUGCAUCCAUCCUCUCAACCUGACGCCGGCCUGGGCCAGAGGCAGAGGCACCAGCAGCCACACGAGAGGAAGGUCUCUGCUGAGGCCGAUCACCCCCGGCCUGCCGGGUCGCCUCUCCACCGUGAAAUGGUGGCGCCGAGGCGCCAUGCGAAUCCACUGCUGCAACCGCAACACCAUAGUGGCCAUGGUGGCUCACCAAGAAGCCCUUACAGAGAAGCUGCUGCUGCUGCUGCUGGUGCUGCGUCUCCAAGGCACAGGUACAGGUCAGCUGGGAUGAAGACUCCUGACAGGAAGGGUUCGUCGUCGUCCGAGGGCCGUGCCCCACUGACUCCAGGAAGGAGCAGGCUGAAGCAAGGAGGCAGAGUCUCUGAACCUGCUUCAGAUGAGGCGACUGUGCCGCCAUUUGGUGAUUGGGAUGGCGCGAAUGCGGAAUCGGGAGAGAAGUACACCGGCAUUUUUAACAGGGUGAGGCGUGAUAAGCUGGCGCCGAGCUCUUUUGUCAAGCAAGAGCAACAACCUCCGUCUUCUUGCAGCAGUAGACAGGAACGUAAAGUGCAAGUGCAACAGGCCUGCUCAUGCUGCAUACUGUGAAGAGAUGAAGAGCUGAACAUUCUGCACUGAACUACCCUUCUGUGUUUCUUGUUGAUGUACAAAGGCACAUUUGAAUCAUUUGAAGAGCUUUACAUGAACAAAAUGAUCCCCUUUGCUUGAAUGUAGGUGCAUAGAAAACAUAGAAUGUCAUACAGGCAUACAGGUCUGUAACAUGUUAGUAGUAUAUCAGCCUCUACAGUUUGCCUUUCCCAUCUUGUCUUGAGAGUUGUUUUAUCAUCAUCCUGUAAAAGCCUUUCAUGAAGAAAACUGAAUACUGAUGGUGUUACCUGUAUUCUGGAUCUUCAUUCUCAUUUACCUAUGUGAUAUCCAGUGCUUUCAAAAGAAUUUCACUAGACACUAGU